GACAGCAGUCCCACCUGAGUCUAGACACCAGCAGCUGAGAUGCGAGCCAUCACACCGAUUCCUCCCACCACCUCAGGGACCUCUUUCCCCCCAUCAUCCCUAUAAGAAUCCUCACAUGUCCGUCCUAGCCAACGCACCGCACCAUGACGGAGCGCAAGAGACGACGGGCCUUUGCGCCCAGGGCCCGCACCGGGUGUCGCACGUGCCGCAUCCGCCAUGUUCGCUGUGAUGAAACCCCCGGCUCGUGUUACAACUGUUCUUCUACUGGACGAAAAUGCGAUGGCUAUGAUACGGCCCACUUGCCUCUGGCGACAUCCCGCGCCCGCAAGUCCAUCGUCUUGCAGAUGCCCGCCAGCAUCGCGACUAACCUCCGCGGAAUGACCGCCGAUGAACGUCGUAGCUUUGCUUUUUUCCUCGCCCAGACUGUCCCGAUGAUUACCAGCUGCUUCAGCUCCGAUCUCUGGCAGCGGCUGGUCCUGCAGAUGACACAAGCCGAUUCCGCCGUCGGUCAUGCCGUUGUCGCUCUCAGCGCUAUGCACCAGGAUGCCCAGGUUCACACCAGCCCUCACAGUGCGCUCCGUCGGUUUGCUCUCGAGCAGUAUAACCGAUCCAUCUCUAUGCUCUACACGCGACUUCCAUCCAACGACCCGCAACUGCGAGGGGUGGUGCUGAUGUGUUGCUUCGUCUUUGUUACUUUAGAACUGCUCCAGGGAGAUUAUCCGGCGGCCAUGGUGCAUUUGCAGAAUGGAUUGAAUAUCCUGGGCAUGGGCGGUCAAAGGACGGUCACGUUCUCGGCCGGGGGGAAGGCCGGACUGGAAAUUCCCACCGGAGGGACGGAAAGGGCCUUGGUAGGAGCGUUUCGGCAUCUAUAUGUCCAAGCCGUCCAUUUUGCGCCACCUGGUACGGCUGUGCACUUUUACACGGAGGAUCAACCCGAUUCCGGCGAACAAUGCUUAUACAGCCUCCCCGAGGCCAAAGAGGCCCUUGAUCCGAUCUUAGGCGACAUCUUAUAUAGCUUCCGAGUCCGCUGCGAGUUUGCGGUCGGGGACGCUGCCUCGGAUUUCCUCACGCUGUCAGCAGAACGACACGGUUUGCUGCGCCGACUGAAAGCCCACCGGGUGGCCUUGGAGGCGCUGGUGGCACACCGGGAUGGGUGGAGUCCUCGCGACCUCCGUUGCAUCGAUAUUAUGCGGGUGCAUCAUGUGACGCUCAGCAUCAUUCUAGGCACCUUGCUAAACCUUUCAGAAAUGACCUAUGACGACUACCUAGCUGAGUUUAAUCAAGUCGCCGACCUAUCAGAGAGGGUCAUUAAAAGCUUAAUGGCGGAACACCGAAGGGACGGUCUUCCGAAGAUGGUGAUGGACAUGGGAGUGAUCCCUGGCCUGUUCUGGACAUUUUUGAAGUGCCGAGAUGCGAGUUACCGUCGACGAGUAUUCCAUAUACUGGAGGCAUGGCCACAUCGGGAGGGACCUUAUGAAUCGGACUUGGUUCUGAACGUUCUCCGCGUUCAAAUGGAGAUUGAGAGUGAAGGCGAACGGAUCAUCCGGACAGAUGGUCAAACCACGACGACGAUACCAGAGUGUGCGCGGAUCCGAGAGGCGUGCCUGGAGCUUUCCCCAGAUCGAGGGGAUGCAUUCCUGGCGUAUCGAUUAUCAGGGGACAGUCAAAUGCAGAAGCGACGAAUACCGUUGGCGGAAGAGCAGUUUAGACCUUUAGACGGGGGUAAAACGCAGUACCUUUGGCUUACAUCUCAUCAGCCUUUUCAUGAUGUAUCUGCUGAAUAAGCGACUGUUUACACAGACUGGGAGUUGUCACUUAUAAGUCUGACUGGUGUAUAAUGAAUCUGAUGUAUACAUCUGGCUUCUGUGCUCCCUAGCCUUAGCUAUAGCUGUGGUGUUUGAUCUGGUUCUGUAUUGACAGGCAUCAGAUUGUCUGCUCAACCAUAUAACUUAAACUGCAUGAC